AUGACAGGCGGUGUCGGCUUCCUUCUGCUCCCUCCGCUCAUGCAGAUCUACGGCAGAAGAUUCAUCAACGUCAUUAUGAACUUAGUCAUCUUUAUAGGCUGGGUCAUCAUCGCGCUGUCCCCCAACGUCCCAACUAUUAUUGCUGGGAGAACUAUUCAAGGUUUGUCCUUCGGAGGGCUUUACAUCUGCAGUAUUCUAGCUGGAGAAUACAGUCAUCCGAAGCGAAGAGGUUUCUUCAUCAUAUUUAAGAUUUCUGCGACUGGUAUUGGUGAACUCAUCUGUCAUGGGUUUGGGUUCUCCUUGUCUUGGAGACAGAUGGCCUGGCUAGCAUCUGCCCCACCAGCUUUAGCCGCGCUAGGAACUGCGGUGUGGCCAGAAAGUCCGCAAUGGUUGGCUUAUAAGGGCCGCUUCGAUGAAUGCGUAACAUCGUUCGAGUGGCUCAGAGGAAACGGUAUGGAAGCGCAAAAAGAAUUAAAAGAAAUGAUAACCGCACAGCAAGAAUUGAGAAAUAUGAAAAAGUUGAAGAAAUCCGGAGCUUUGAUGAGGAACUUACAAGCGAUGAAGUCUAAAGAGUUUUUGAAACCCUUCACAGUGGUGUUAA